UUGAGCUGUUGCUCGGGAUCCCAGGGCAUAUGCUCCCAUGCUCCCGUGGGCGUCUCUGCUGUUCCUUGCCACAGUUGGUGGACAGCUCGCACCUACACCCAAAUCCGUGAUUUCCCUCCAUCCUCCAUGGACCACCUUCUUCAAAGGAGAGGCAGUGACUCUGACUUGCGAUGCACCUCGCGUCCACGCAGCAGAGAACAUAAAAUGGUACCGGUGGUACCUCGGGACAGAAAUGCUACAUGAGACCCCAGGAAACACCCUCGAGGCCCGUGUCUCUGGAAGGUACAAGUGCCAGACCCAGGGCUCGCUCCUAAGUGACGGUGUGAGCUUGAUCUUUUCUUCAGAAUGGCUCAUCCUUCAGGCUCCACACUCCAUGUUUGAAGGUGACACGCUCGUUCUGAGAUGCCAGGCGAAGGGGAGAGAGAAACUGGGCGCUGUGAAAUACACCUGGAAUGGGAAAGUUAUCUCUACCUCUGAUAAAGGCCAGGAUCUUCUGAUACCACAAGCCAGUUUGAACAACAGUGGCUAUUACCAAUGCAUUGGAUUUCUGGAGAGAAAUCAUUACACCUAUAGGUCAAAUAAGAGAAUUAUUAAAAUUCAAGAACUAUUUCCACGUCCAAAGCUGGAAGUCACACCCCCCCAGCCUACAGAGGGCGGCUCUGUAAACCUGAGCUGUCAGACACGGCUGCCCCUCGAGCGGUCGGAUGCUCUGCUGUCCUUCAUCUUCUUCAGGGACCACAGGGUCUUGCUAUCCAACUGGAGCAGGUCCCCGGAACUCCAGAUCACAGCCAUCUGGAGAGAGGACUCGGGGUCGUAUUGGUGUGCAGCUGCAGCUGGGGUCCCCAGCAUCCGCAAACACAGCCUCCCGAUGCAGGUCCGUGUGCAGGGUGUCCCGGUGUCAGCAGUGCUCCUGGAGACCCAGCCCCAGGGGGGACAGGUGCUUGCAGGGGAGCGUCUGGUCCUUGUCUGCUCCGUGGCUGAAGGCACAGGGUACACCACAUUCUUCUGGCACAGAGAGGACACAGGGGAGAGUGUGGGGAGCAAGCGUCAGCGUUCCCAGAGAGCAGAGCUGGAGAUCCCUGCCGUCGGGGGGAGCCAUGCGGGGCGCUACUACUGCACAGCGGACAAUGGCCACGGCCUGGCCCGCAGCAGGGCCCUGAACGUCACCGUCACAGGCACUCCGGGGAACAGAAGCGGCCUUGUUGCAGCAGGAGCCACUGGGGGGCUGCUCAGCAUUCUUCUCCUGGCGGUGGCCCUGUGGAUUUGCCACCGGCACCAGAGGAAGUCAGGAGAUGGUUUUCUGAGAAACACAGCCAGGAGCCCUCCCGCCGCAGACCGAGGAAAGGCACUCCGUGCAGGGUGCCCUGCUCCUGUGGAACUGCAGCGGUUAUAUGACAACGGGCACUCCGGACAGGGAGGCUUGGUGUAUUCUGAGAUCCAGUUUAUUCAGCUGCGACAAGAAGCGGCUGCCAGCACGUCCAGAACAUCUCUAGAGGACAAGCACACCUCAGUUGUCUACUCUUCGGUGAAGACACAGCUCCCAGAGGACUCAGCUGGAGAGGUCAGGUCUCAGGAUGAAGACGCCGUGGAAAGUUAUGAGAAUGUCCAAUUCGCAUGACUUGUCCCUGAUCCAAAACCCCCAGCUCAGCGCCGUCUUCGGGGUCCUAGGAGUGACCAACUGGUUCCAAUGUACCAGUUCUUCUUGCCCAUGUUCAUUCACAUCCGGGACUACUAAUUCACCUGCUCUGAAAUGGUGAUGGGGCGGCCACUGAGAGACUUGCUCAAGUGACCAGAGUGCACGGGUGAGACAAGACCCUGCGCACCUGCUCUGAGCCUAACCUGAUGUGUUCCCCAGGGUCUGAUUUAGGGGAAAGGAAAAAUGGGGAAGAAGUACUCCUGUUGAAAGCAGAAGCACAAAUUUUGGUUAAUUGGAAUUUGCACAUAGACACGACUGAGUGACUCAGGUCUCUGCUCAACGAGUCUCCGACAACUGUCCCACUGGGGAUCAUCUGCAUCAGUUGGCUUAGCCAUGAGUAGUGCCUAGGUCCUUCCCAGACGAUACCCAGAGCCACCCCUCCAGCUUAUACUGUUUACACCGUCAGGAUUCAGUUGCAGACAAAAUAAUCCACUCCAGUGGUUUACAGAGAAAAGAAUUUAAACAGGAUAUUAGGUACUUUACAAAAUCAUCUGAAGAGCUAGAGAAGCAGGCUCGAGGCUGAGCUUCCAAAAGCAAAAGGCAAAUAUGUUAAUGUUAUUUCAGACAAAGAUUUUUAACAGUAGAGAAAAGAAAUUUUAAAAAUCGAAUUAAAAAGUUGACUGAUAGCCAUACAAAUCUAAAUUUGAGUUGGAAGUUAUCAGCAUAAGCUGAUGUCAAACCUUGUUUUUUAAAACAAAGAUAUUUAUUUCCUAGGUCUGUCCACUGAAAAGGCCUAGAAAUAAUUAGCAAUCCGACAGCAGUGAGCACAUUUCCACGGGUUGUAUUCUCCAAAUGCUAUUUCCCCACCACCAAAUAGUUGAUGUGGGAAUAAAUAAUUCUUCCAAGAAAUGAAGAAAGAACGAAAGAAACAGCAAACCACUAUUUUGACCAGAUAUUUCAUGGGACACCUACUGAUUAGGCUCUAUCAAAAACCAAAUUAUAUUAUGUGCCUCCUGAUGGAAGUAUUUAAUGUUACCUACAAAGUAUUCAUGCCCAAAAUAUCAAAACUGAAUCCAAUCAAGCUUCUAGAUGCAACCACCAGUUUACAGGAAAUACAUGGAACUACAACAUUACACCAUGAGAUGGCACCACAGGGCUACAAUCAACAAAAUCCACACAGUGGAAAAGUCUACAGGACAAAUGACUGGGUUUCUUCACCAAACCAAUGACAGAAGGAAGGAAGGAAGGAAGGAAGGAAGGAAGGAA